CGUGUAAAGAAAUGACCUCCCUUACUUAGAAAACCUGCACGCAAUGGAACACCUCCGCUCCCAUGCCCUCCAAAUCCUCUCCACCAUCCACUCCAACCUCUCCACACAAGAAACAUCAUCACGUGAUACCACCCCCUUUUCGGAUGAGCUCCUGGAGCUUCCUCCGCUCCUCCUUGCCUUGCUGAGGCGUCAAACGACUCUUCUAUUCAAGCCGGUGGGAAGUUAUAGUGGUGCCCUGCUUCUGAAGCGGCUCGCGGACCUAGAGCGGACUGCGAGGGGGAAGCUAUAUGUGUAUCCCUUCCAUCAGGUCCCCGUGGCGUGGAGGAGAAUGGUAUGUGAGGUGGGGAUUGUGAGGGCUGUGGCGGCGAUAGUUGGGGUGUCUGGUGAUGAGGGUGGAGAAGUGGGAUGGAUAGAUGAGGUGGUUAAGACGCUAGAUAUGGUGCUUAUUAUGAGUGGUGCGCCGGGAGAGGGGAGGAGGGAGUGGAUUGAGAAGAUAUUUGAGAUUUUGGAGGAUGUGAUUGCCCAAGGGAGCGAGUUGGGCCAUGAUGAAGAGGCGUCGCCUGGAGAGGGCUUGGAAAUAAAAUAUUCGACACUGGAUGCGGAAGAGCAUUCGAGAAAGGAGGCCCCUGAAACAAAUUCCUCCGAACCGCCAGCCAAACGGGCGAGGAUUCGCAAUGCAAACUCGCGGCUAGGAGAUGGGAUGGAUCGUUUCCCAACUUUGCCCUCCUUGUCACCACCCGUUUCGCACCCAAUUCCCCGAAUGGAAGAGCCAGACAGCUACACCUUGGGGGCGCUCAUGUCGAAUCCGGCUGACGCCGACGUGGGGCCCGUCCCUGUGGUAUUUACGGGAGGUAUGGGCCACUGGCCAGCGAUGAGCGAGCGGCCCUGGUCAAAUCCAGAGUAUUUGCUGAAGAGAACGCUGGGAGGGCGUCGACUUGUGCCUGUGGAGGUCGGGAGGAGCUAUGUGGAUGGCGGAUGGGGACAGUGGAUCAUACCGUUCAAGGAUUUCCUGGAGGAAUUCGUUAUGCGACCAUCGACUAUCGGACGAGUAGAAAAGGAUGAGAAUGGUGAUGGUGUGAUAAGUCAAGAACAAGACGAAGGGCGAAAAACAGGGUACCUAGCCCAACACAACCUCUUCUCCCAAAUCCCCUCCCUACGCUCCGACAUCCUCAUCCCCGACGUCUGCUGGCUCGAUCCUUCACCUCCUCAUUUAUCCUCGCCAAUGGCAGCCGUGCAUGCUGCGACCGCAAAGCUGGAUGACCCGCUGCUGAAUGCGUGGUUCGGACCGGCGGGUACGAUCAGCCCGCUGCAUGUUGACCCGUAUCAUAAUAUCCUCGCACAGGUGGUGGGGAGGAAGUAUGUGCGGCUUUAUGGGCCACGGGAGACGGUUCGAUUGGCGCCGAGAGGGGAGGAAGGGGGGGUGGAUAUGGGGAAUACGAGUUUGGUUGAUGUUGGGGCUUGGGAGGGGUGGGAUGAGGUGCCGGAGAAGGGGGAGGAGGACGAGCAGAUGGAGACGGCGACGGAAACAGUCAGUAGAGGAGUGAGGAGAGAGAGAUAUAGGGAGAGGUUUAAGGCGUUUGGGGAGGCGAGAUAUGUGGAUGUGAUUCUGGAGGAGGGGGAGUUCUUGUAUAUACCCGUGGGGUGGUGGCACUAUGUGAGGAGUUUGAGUGUUAGCUUCAGCGUGAGCUUCUGGUGGAAUUGAACAAACGAAUACAAUCAGUUAUAGAUUUGGUUAUUCUGUUGGCUGAAGAAGGCCCAUAUGUGAUACUAGAGUUGGUACAGUGCAAUUACAGUGCG